AUGGUCGUCAUUGAAGCAAGCGAACGUUUUUACCAGCAAAUUAUUGAUGCACAUAAUCGUUUCAGGGCACAGCAUGGAUCAGAGCCGUUGGUGGUCAGCGCAGAGCUGAGCGAGCAGGCACAGAAUUGGGCUAAUAAAUUGGCAUUGCGAGGACAUUUGGCUUAUUGUGAAUUACCUGGUAUUGGUGAAAAUAUAACGUUUUUUCCGUUAUGGAUCGAUGGUGAAAAGGUGGUAGAGCACUGGUAUAACGAACAUGUGAAGUACGAAUAUGAUACGCCUGGUUGGCAGGCAGGAACCAAUUAUUUCACUCAAGUGGUUUGGAAAUCUACUAGUGAGAUCGGCAUUGGACGGUCGUUUGUUGCAGCGCGGCCUGUUGAGCAACAAACAGCACUUGGUGCGAUUGCUUUGCCCACACCCACAAUUACUGCAGUGCAACAGAGAGAAUUGAAUGCCAUCAAUAAUAAUAGCAAUGACAUCGGUGCUUGUCAUAAUGGUGACAAUAUUGACAGCGAUAUUAACACUGCAAAUAAAAUUUUGUUGACAACUAGCAGUGAAAGCACUAGCAACAAUCCCUUCCCAGGCGAACAAAUUGUGGUGGUAUUUUAUCGACCGGCUGGUAAUAACAAUCGAGCCGGGCAGUUCGCUACGAAUGUUUUGAAGCCGAAAGUUGUGAGCAAUUGA